UGUUCGUUGACGCGGUGGGAGACGGCGCUGGAGGAAGAUAACGGGUGCCGCGAGCAGAGAAACGACACAUUUGCUCGUCGUGAAUCUGAUGUUCAAAUGCGGUGAACAUUUUAUUUAUGCAGCGCUUAUUUUUUAUUUUUUUAUUUUUAAACGUACGUCGUUGCUCUUAGGCCCCGGCCAGCAACGCGUUCACGCCGGUAUUCGUUAACGGGAGCUCAAUUGCUGGCUAACUUGAGGACAACGACGUUGACGAUGAUGCCUCGGUGGAUUUAUCCCGGUGUCGCUCACUGAGAUGGACUGUGAAGUGGAGCUGCCCGCUAGCUAGUUAGCAAGCUAACGGUACCCGCUGCCGCCGCCGGGAUACGCCGUGCCCCAGCGGCCCUGGAUAACGUUAGCUAAAUGGGUGCAACCCCGGUGUGUCGUCACGUUAUCGGACGUUUCCAGCGCCGUCGCCGGGUUUGAUAGAGAGGGACCAUGUCAGGUUGUAAAAUUGCUAACUCGAUCGUUUAGAGGAUAGCCCACACGUGAUACCGUUUAUAUCGCCCCAGGCUCCAGCAUAUACCCUGCACCGCCCUUGGAUGCUACAGUGACGUUAACGGGACGGUGUGUAUCAGGAUGGCACAGCUCUUGGACGAAGCCAGCAAGCUGGGCUGGGUUCUCCUCAGGGCUGUGAUCCGCUUUGUGUUUAUGUUCAUCAACAACUGUGUAGCCAUCCCAUCCUACUGCCUGUACCUGAUCCUUCUCCAGCCUCUGAGAAUAUGGGACAGCUCCACUUUCUGGCACAUUGAAGGGGUCAUGUUCAAAUGGUUGCUGGCUAUGGUGUCUUCAUGGGGCUGGAUUGCAGGUUAUACAGUAACAGAGUGGGGUGACGAUGUACGGCCCAUCUCUGAAGAGGAAGCCAUGGUCAUCGUCAACCACCAGUCCACGGGAGACGUGUGCACACUCAUGAUGUGCCUGCAAGACAAGGGCACGGUGGUACGAAAAAUGAUGUGGUUGAUGGACCAUGUGUUUAAAUACACCAAUUUUGGCCUAGUGUCCUUGAUCCAUGGGGACUUCUUCAUCAGACAGGGUAAAGCGCACAGAGACAAGCAGUUGGUCUAUCUGAAGGAUCACCUAGAAAAAUACUACCACAGCCGCGACAGGAAGUGGAUAGUGCUGUUCCCUGAAGGCGGCUUCCUGCGCAAACGGCGGGAAACCAGCCAGUUAUUUGCCAAGAAGAAUUCACUUCCGCACCUGACCCAUGUCACGUUGCCUCGUCUUGGGGCCACACACAUUAUCCUGAAAACCCUGGCUGCCCAGCAGGAGAAUGGCAGCGUGGCUAUGGAGUCUCUGACCUCUAACCAGAUAGGUAACAAACGCACAUGCCUGCAGUGGGUAAUAGACGUGACCAUAGCAUAUCCUAAAGCAAGACCUAUGGACAUCCAGACCUGGAUCUUUGGCUACAGGCCUCCUACAGUCACACAUGUACAUUACAGGAUGUACCCAAUAAAAGAGGUUCCUGUGGAGGCAGAAGCCCUGACUGACUGGCUGUACCAGAGGUUUGUGGAGAAGGAAAAGUUGCUGACCCACUUCUACGACACAGGAUCAUUCCCUCCUCUCGAGGGACACAAGGUGGCAGUUUCCCGGCAGAUGACCCUCGACCCCGUGUGGCUGUGCGUCAUCCAGUCGUUUGCUUUCGUCUCUGGCUACGUGUGGUACAACGUCCUCCAGUACCUCUACUGCUGUUUAUUCUGAGUGCACUGAUGAUGUGAGAGUCUUAAACGGACCACUGGAUAUAAAAGCCUCAGGAUCGUUGGUGUGUGGCCCAGUGUCACAGUCGCCCCGCUACGAAGGAUGAAUGUACAUUUGCGACAGUGGAGCGGAGAGACUUAACCAGGAAUCAAUAAACAUAUGAAGACAAAGGAACACGCGCAGAUUACAGGAACCCCAACAGUAUGUGGUCACAAGCAUAGUUAACUCACACACACGUCCCUAACACCACACGCUCACUCCUGCGGUCUAGCAGAAUAAUCUCCCACGCUCGUCGCCACUCACAUUUUGAUGUUUACACGUCCUCAUACACGUAGACGCUGACACAUACAUAACUUUUUAUUCAAAAGUUAACAAAAAUGAGGCUCAGGACUCCUCCAGAUGACGCUCUGGACGAGACUCUCGCCCUCUUGCCCCCGUCCCAGGCUUUAGCCAUUGUAGUUUUACAGUACGUACGAACGCAGGCGUGUGUGUGUGAGUGAAUAUAUGUGACUAGAAGUCUGAAAUCUGCCCUGAUUCUUCCUCCUGGCAAGAGUUGAUGAAGCCCACUGGACCUCUCUUUCAGCCCGCCGACUAGGCAGCUGGCCACACCUUCCGGAACGAGCGGCUGUUUGUUAACGCUGAGGCUGCACAGGCGGCCGCUCCUCUGGCCUUCAUUGCACUACGGAUCCAUACUGCCCUAACUGCUCCCUGCCCCAGGAAACGCUCCAGAAUGAUGGUAGCGGUCUUCGUCUUCAUUUCUUUUGAUUCCCCCCCACCCACACCCGCAUAUCACCACAAUUGCAGCCAUCGUUACUUGUAUGUUGUUGUUUUCUCCUCCUUUUUUCAUCUUGUGGCUGUUUGUCGGGGCAGUUUUCUGAGCUCAUUGGAAUAAAAAAAAAAGGGGGGGGGUGGGUGGGAUCGUGUUUACACUGGCGACCCUGUCGAAAGCCUGAGGGGACGAAGGCUGCGAAGGCAACACUUUGACAUAGGAUAAGUUUUUUUUCAGACGGAGAAAGAGGAGACGGUGACGUAAUUCUAACUCGAAAACAAAAGGAAACAAAGGAAUGGGCAAGAAUUACAUUUAUGGUCACCAACAAAGUGACUCCGUCUUACAUGGAACCUGUUUUUCACCGUCUUAACAUGUACACACACACACACUCACACAGAAGUAGACACAUGCGAGUCCACAGCCAUGUGCAGCUUCACAGCAGAGUAAAAACGUCGAGGAUCAUCUCAGCAAGCCAGACUGAGACGGACGGAGACGACACUCCUAUUCCCUCAUUGGACUGAUGUAGUUUUACAAAUAUUUAAGCCAUAUGCUUAGUGUUUUUGGGGGGGGUGGUGGGAAAAAAAAGACAUGGAGGAAAAAAAAAGGUGUUUUUUUUUUCUUUCUUUUUAUAAAAAGCUACCCCAAAAUGUUCAGCAUUCAAAAAAAAAAAGAGAAAAAGAAAUUUUGGCUCACAGAAGUAUCGGUGUCAUUACUGUAAAUUUACAGCAUAACCUGCCUAACUGAGUGUGUGUGGUCGUCGUUCUCUCCCCCUCCAACUUUUGAUAAAUAUUAACUCAUGUGGUUUUCUUUUUUGUUUUUUUUUGCUCUGUGACGUCAGACAGCAGUGACAACAACAUUAACCCCCCUCCCCCACAGGUGGUUGGAUUUUUAUUUCAUUUUAAAUUACAUGGACUUUUGUUGUCAUGUCAUUCUAUGUUUAAAUCUUGUACAUAACAAAGCUGAGGAAGAGUUUAUCAUUGUUGGAAAGGAAAAAUGUGCAUCAUUGCUUGUUUUUUUUUUGGAUGUCCAGGAUAAUUUCAAAGAUUUUUAAUCCAAAUGAUUAUGAAUGUGUAAAAAAAAAAGGAAAGAAAGCAAGGAUUUUUCCCUUCACUUCUCAGUGUUAUCAUGCUUUUUGUUUGUUUGUUUGUUUGUUUGUUUUUUUUUUAUUCCUGAGCAGGAAGCUGUCUGUGUGUUUGAAGACGAUUGAAGCCACCACAACGUCUGACUUUUUGACUGACGCCGUUUUCACACAUGGGGCCCCAGUUUUAAACGUACACAAUGUUAGAUUUUAAAAUCGAAUCAAUCAGGAGUCGGUGGGGAAAACCCCGCACAGAUCGUUGUCCUGGUUGAAAUACGACAGUUUCCCCUUGGACGGAGUCACUCGUCACUUACAAGGGAAAACUCUGGCAGGGCCGCCCAGCGAUGCAGCUGUUGUCUCUCGAAUGUACUUGUGUCGUGCUUUUGAGGUCAAUUAAGUGUAAUUUGCUUAGCCUGCUUUAAUUAGGAAGAUUAUAGAGGACUGUCGUUAUGAACCAAUGCAUUGCAGGUGCAUUUUAGUAGUUCCUGCCCUCUCUGUGCGCACCACUGUUUGUUGAAACUGUGUUCAAUUCAAAACAAGGGCUACCUGACUGGGUAGGUGACAAUGUUUGAAAUCAGACAUGUAAAUGUGUUUCAUCCAGUGGCCCGUUCAGAUUCCCCCCUCCAUUGUGAGAGUGACUUUAAAUGAAGCUUCUUUUUUCUUUUCACCUUAUUCAAUUUUUUUUAUUUUUUUUUAAUAUUAUUUUUUUGAUCAUGUUUCCAAAGAAGGCAGGGAAAUAAUAAAAAAGUUUUCCUAGAUGUGGUUUUAGGAAAUAAACACAAUAGGGAUUUAAACAAAUUAUACUAGAAACUGUCUGUAAUUUUCCAUUUUGUACUCCUUUAAUUCCUAGCUACACAGCCAUUUUACAACACAGAAAACUUGUGCUGGAAUAAAACAUCAUAAAGAUCCUAA